CAAACCGGAACCCGCCUUUUAUGGCAAUGACAGAAGCAAAUGAGACCAAAAUAAACGGUGACACUAAAUUUACCCGCAUUAGGCAAGAUGGAUGAUCCUCGGUAACCAUAGAGAAGCAGCGCGCGCAGGAGGUUCAUUAAAUGUACUUAUGUCCGGCGGCUUGCUUAAGACGUAGGAUCGUUUCCGGCGACUUUAUUAGACGUCAUGGCGGAACCUGAGUGAAGAAUUUUUGGAAUAUAAAGAGAAUUUAUUGAAGGGAAACAUGGAAUGUGAUGCAGCCACAAAGAAAGAAAAUGGAGCCAGGCCACCCAAAAGAUGCCGCGAUUCGUCUUCCUCGCCCCCACGCCGCUCCGUGCAUCUGUCAUCAUCAUCAUCAUCACCACCCUCGUCGUCUCUCUGCACGAACCAUUCGUUAUACCAGGGUCCUUUCCCCUUCUUUAGACUGCCGUCUGAAGUGGGACGUUUCUCCCUGGAUGAAGAACGGCGUUACCAUGGCGAUGCCAGGAAACUGCGGUAUUAUAAGCCCCUGGCAGGUGUGAACGGCAAAGACGCCUCACCGGGGUGGGAUUUGAUGGAUGGAUUCGACGACCGCUACGUGCGCAGGAACGAAGAUGAAAAAGAGGGCUUGCUGCACAUUCUGACCUGGGUGAAAGAAAACAGAGGGCUUCUAGGAGGCGGAAGCAGCAGCCGUAGGCCGGUGGACCGGGACUUUGUCACGUGGCGGGGUCAUCUCACUAAAAUCCUCUGCACGCCCUACGAGAGCCAAGAGGACUGGCUGCUGGCCGUCACGCUGUUUAAAGGAACUCUGUACAUAAGCGAGAGGGAGACGGAAUCUGCCCGUAAAAAGAGGCAAGAGAGGACGUCUCAACAGGACAGGCUCACGUACUCGGGAUACAAGUUCGAGAGCUACAUGUGUGCUGAUUCUCCGGACGGCCGCCCGUCUUCCUCCGGCGUGAUUAACACGAACGAGGCGUUUUGCAGCGUCCUGUUGGCGCGGUUGUCCUCGCACUCCAUCCUUGUGUCCGGGGAGGUGGACUGCUGCGACCUGUCGGCCUCCGGUCCCAAACCCCCGUCCUGUUACGUGGAGCUGAAAAGCAGCGCCCAGAUCCGGAACCCCCACCAGCAGCGCAGCUUCAACAGGUAUAAGCUCCUCAAAUGGUGGUGUCAGUCAUUUCUUCUUGGGAUUCCGCUCAUCGUCGCUGGCUUCCGCAGCCCGGAGGGAAGAGUCGUGUCCUUACAGAAUUACAGAACGUCCGAAAUCCCGCAUUUAAUCCGGGCGGAUAAACAUAGCUGGGACCCAGCCGUCUGCAUGAACUUCUGCGAGGCCUUCUUGUCUUUCGUCAAAAAAAUAGUGACGGCAGAUGACCCUCGGGUGGUUUAUCUCUUCUCCUGCGAGCCGGGCUCUGACAUCACGUACUCUGUGCACACGGACCCCGCUUACGCCGUUCUGCCGCCGUGGUACGUAGAAGCCUUGAGCCGCUGAGCACCGGAGCGAACUGUGCACCGGCAGCGUCACCGGCAGCAUCACCGGCCUCGCCAAGAGUCCCGAGCGAGCGGCGAAACCGCGAGAAGGAAGACUUUUCCCCAGCGAGAACAUUAAACGUUACGGCAGGGAAACGUUACGGCACGAGAAGCCCAUGAGGGUGGAAAAAUAUAUAUAUUUUUUUAACAUAAUGCUGAAAACGUCUUCCUUUUAUGUUUUUUUUGCAUGUUUUUGAUGAGUGGUCACGCGUGUUCUUCCUAAUUUAAUCCUCUAACCGGUUCUGUGUUUGUGGGGUGGGGAGGGCAUUAAUAUGAUUUUAUAUACGCAUGUACAGUUUUUAAAUGAACUCAUUUGUAUUUCCCUCCAA